CCUACUUUCAUUUUCCUUCUGGGGUGAUGAUGAUGUUAGUUGUAGUCAAAUUUAUUCCCUUAACCAUUCUAUUGACAACUGUUUUCAGUGCAAUUGAUGUCAAACCAAAUCAACCAGUUUUGGUCAACAUUAAAGGACAGAGCAACAAUUCUGUAACUCUGAGGAAUGUGACUGCAGACAUAAGUUAUGUAACAUGUCAGGUCCAUUCCCAAACCAAAAACCUCACGCUUUCUUCCAGUCCCGUACCGAGGGUGGGGAAGUCAUUGACAGGCGUAGACAUUGGAAUUGUCACUGUCCUGGAACCCGAUCAGACAGAAGUUACCUGGUACCUCCAGUCAAACCACAGCCAAGAUGUACAAGUUCUGCUGGCAGUGUUCCUGAUGUCAAAAAAUGAACCCCUAGCUGGUGGAUGUAAUCUAGAGUUUUCUCUGGAGGAUGAUGCCAAUCUUCGGGUCUCUUACACCACCACAAAGAAUCUUGUAGAAUUCCAAUUGUCCAACAUCCCACUGAGGAAUAGAUCCGCCCAUCCUUCAUGUGAAGACCGGCCUUCUCAGAAUAUGUUAGAAUACAGCAUCUACGUGAAAUACUUGUCCGAGAAUGAUUUCACCUCGGGGGAAUACUUCUCAACAGUGAAACAAAUGAUGACAGCUGAGGAUGUGAUGACUAAUGGUCUCCUGCUUUCUAAAACAACAAGUAAAGACACCGUUCAAAAACCAGAAUUCCUGGCAGCAUCAUACACAGGAACAGGGGCUGUGUAUAAUAUGGUUGUCAAGGCAACAACCCCAUCAGGCGUAACCAUGGCAGCAUACUUCCCUCAGGUCACAUACAGCUGUAAUAUACAAGAAAGGGAGGGCUGCAAAAUGUAUGGUGUAUUCUGGCUGAUUGCUGCAGUUGUACUGGGGAUAGUGGGACUCUUCCUGACUUUUCUGGGACAUAGAUUUUUCAGAACUGGAAACUUUCUAUGUGCCUUCCUGGGAUUUUGUAUCAUUUUCUACAGUGUAGUGUGUCUUUACACAGAUCAAACUGAUACAGUGGUGCUGGUGAUGACGGUGAUUCUGGGGGUGGUGUGUGCUGCCCUCUGGGUGGGGAUGUACGAGUUUGUGGGGGUACCUGCCCUCUCAGUUCUACUGUCUGGACUAGUGGCAGGGUACAUCAUCUCCAGUGUCGUCUUCUACACACAGUUUGGUAACUUAUCGUACUGGGACAGCUCCUUUAACUACGGACUUGCCUUUGCCUGUGGAGUCCUGGUUAUUCCUGUGUUUAUUCUGUCCUACACUAAAGUGCUGAACAUUGUAUCGUGUGCAUUCAUUGGAUCCUACCUAAUUAUCCUGGUCCCUGAUAUCUUCCUCUACACUGGAAUGAAGUACAUCAUAGUCAAUUCUAUCAGACACUCCACCGAUGUUGAUUACAUCAAAGUCAUUAACACUGGGCCCUUCCUCUUGCCAGAGAUAAUCCUAGCCUGUGCCUGGUUUUUGGUAUGUGUCUUUGGAGCAUUCAUACAGUUUUAUCGUGACUGGGGCCAGCUUGACUUUCCGCAGAGUUCCAGAAGAUGUGGAAGAAAAUUACAACCAGGAUAUAACCGGAUACCAGCCCGGUACAGCAUGGAGUCCGAGGGGGAAUCAGACAGGGAACCGGACGAGCGGUCACCCCUCCUCAGACCGGCGAGGAAUACCGGGCACCACAGAGAGAGGGUGUUAGCGGCCCCUACAUAGUAGUACAGGCAGGACAAAUUGAAACAAAUCCUCAACCAUUCAUACUUCUGUCUCAUGUGUAUGUACCAUAGUAUGUUAAUCUGCUAUAGAAAUACAUUCACAUGUACCUAGUAAAACCAUUCGUAAAAAUGUUAAUAAUAUGGUCUGCUGCAUGCAUACAUAUUCUCUAAAAUCUUGCCAAAAAUGAAAAUAAUAGAAUUGUAAUCAUAUAAGC